AGAGCAAGCGAAAGAGAGUGAAGUUGAGAGAGACAUAUUCGGAGAGACAGUGUGAGCGAUAGAAUGAGUGAGUGAGGUAAAGGAAGAGUUGCAUAGUAAAUCACAUUUGUCAUUUAUAGGCUACCUUUUUUUUUAGCAUAGCGUGUUUGCAUGUAGAUGUCGAGUAGUCUAGCGAUUCAGUUAUUUUAUAUGGUGAGAAUGCUGACGGAGAUUUUCAUAUCAACAGUAGGUUCAUAAUAUAAUCAUGAAAGAUUAUUCAGUUCUCUCAUUUUUAAGGACAUUUGAAAUAAUCGAUAUGCGUGAUAUCAAUUCAUUGAUCCCUGGACUGACGGAGAUAAAGACUGAUUGAUUUUACAACGGCGAAUUGAGGGAAGGAAUCAUCCAGUACAGAGGGAAGGAAGGGAACCAGUGAAUUAUUUGGGAGAAAUCAAAGCGCUCCGUCUCAUGUGAGGACCUGUCGCUGGUCUCGCACCUAGAAGAAGGGGAGCAAAAGAUGAUGGAAUGGCCGUGACAACAUGAAAAAGAAAAAGUGUGGGGGUCUAUUUUCAUCCAGCCAGUGAUUCAACACGACUGACCUGGGGGACAGAGAAGGGGAAGAGAAGGUAGAGAGUGGCCUGUCGCCCUCCGGCCCCCACCAUGGAGCCCCCUCCCUCUCUGAGCUUGACUCUCCUGGGAGGCAGUGAGGACGAGGACCCGCGUUUCCCCCUCCCUCUGAGUGGAAUCUCCCACUCCUCCAUGACCGGCAACUACCCGGGAUCAAACCACUCCAACCACAGGGGGGGAUCCAGCCUGGACCGGCUGAAUGGGUCCCCCACUACACCUAACAUGCCCAAGGCCUCCCUCCCCAAACUGCCUCUGUCCUCAGUGGGGGGUCAACCCCUGCCCCCCCUCCCCAAUGCCCUUCACCCCACCAGCACCCCUCUAUCCUCGUGCCUGGGUUCCCAGCACAGCCUGAGUGGAGACAACUCCCCAGUCUACAACGCCCUCUUUUACUCCUCACACUCCCCUUCCAUGGAGAGAGAGAGGGACAGGGAUAGAGAGAGGGACAGGGAUAGAGAGAGGGGAUGUAAGCACCGCCAGGCCAGCCCGCUGGUCCAUCGGAGAGACAGCAACCCUUUCACAGAGAUCGCCAUGAGCUCCUGUAAAUACACAGGCGGCGUGAUGAAACCUCUCAGUCGCCUCAGCGCCUCCAGACGCAACCUCAUCGAAUCAGACAGCGGCAGCGACACCAAAGAGGGCGGGGCAGCACCUGUUACCGGCACAACUGCCAUUGGAGGGCGGGACCGGGACAGAGAGGCUCCACCCACUUCCUCAUCCUUGCCAUCCUCCAAUCAACCAACCCAGAAUCCUCCAGAGAUAGUGAUCUCAUCAAAAGAGGACUCGCCGUACGCGAGGGGUUAUGAUAUCACCGACUCAUCCUCCAAUCAGAUGUCAAUAUACCAUCAGAACCACGCCUUGGUGGGGAGUAGGGGAGGUUUAAGCAGUGCAGGGGGCACAGGAGGGGGUGUAGGGGGGAGCAGGCAGGGAGGUGUAGGAGUUGUUGGGGCUGUAGGGCCGAGGGGGAGCUGCUCCAAGGCUUCUAGUUCUAAACGUAAGAACCAGAACAUUGGUUAUAAACUGGGCCACCGGAGGGCGCUGUUCGAAAAGAGGAAGAGGCUGAGUGACUACGCACUCAUUUUCGGAAUGUUUGGCAUCGUCGUCAUGGUGAUCGAGACAGAGCUGUCCUGGGGCGUUUACAACAAGAGCUCCAUGUACUCUCUGGCCUUGAAGUGUCUGAUCAGCCUGUCUACAGUCAUACUGCUGGGCCUCAUCAUAGCCUAUCAUGCACGAGAAGUCCAGCUCUUCGUCAUCGACAACGGAGCGGACGACUGGCGCAUCGCCAUGACGUUGAAUCGGGUGUUGCUGAUAUCGUUGGAGCUACUGGUGUCAGCGGUGCAUCCGGUGCCCGGGGACUUUAAGUUCCAGUGGCGGGCACGUCUGGCGUUCUCUUACGCCCCGUCCCAGGCUGAGGCUGACCUGGACAUGGUGCUGAGUGUUCCCAUGUUCCUCCGCCUCUACCUCAUCGCCCGCGUCAUGCUGCUGCACAGCAAACUGUUCACUGAUGCCUCCUCGCGGAGCAUAGGGGCCCUCAAUAAGGUGCACUUUAACACAAGGUUUGUGAUGAAGACUCUGAUGACCAUCUGUCCAGGCACUGUUCUCCUGGUCUUCAGCAUCUCACUGUGGAUCAUCGCUGCCUGGACCGUACGAGUGUGUGAGAGGUAUCAUGAUGCCCAGGAUGUGACCAGUAACUUCCUGGGGGCGAUGUGGCUCAUCUCUAUCACCUUCCUGUCUAUUGGCUACGGAGACAUGGUCCCUCACACGUACUGUGGCAAAGGAGUCUGUUUACUAACCGGCAUCAUGGGUGCGGGCUGUACAGCUCUGGUGGUUGCCGUGGUAGCAAGGAAGCUGGAGUUGACCAAGGCGGAGAAACACGUCCACAACUUCAUGAUGGACACACAACUCACCAAGAGGAUAAAAAAUGCUGCGGCCAACGUUCUGAGGGAGACUUGGCUCAUCUACAAACACACCAAACUACAGAAGAAGAUUGACCACUCCAGAGUCCGCAAACACCAGAGGAAGUUCCUGCAGGCCAUCCACCAACUGCGUAGUGUGAAGAUGGAGCAGAGGAAACUGAGUGAUCAGGCCAACACUCUGGUGGACCUCUCAAAGAUGCAAAGUGUGAUGUACGAGCUGAUGUCGGAGCUGAACGAUCGCAGUGAGGACCUGGAGCGGCAGAUGCUGUCUCUGGAAACACGGGUGGAACAGCUGACCGCCGGCUUCAGUGCCCUGCCUGCCCACCUGUCUGCCACGCUGUCUGCCCAGCACACCACCUUGCUCCACCUGCUCCGAGAGAGGGACUACAGAGGAGGAGGAUGGGGAGGGGGAGUUGCAGGUGGAGGAGGGACAGCCCUGGUCCCUGUUGCUCAGCUGGCCCCUGCCCAUGCCCUGACCCCAAGCCCAAACCUGGCCCCAGAGCCACAGCAGCCCCCAGAAGGAACCAUAGAGGGUAGCACUAGUCCCAAUACUAGCACCUCCAGUUGUUGAAGAGAGGAGGAGGAGAGGAUGGGAAGUGGAAAGAAGAGGUGAGGGUAGAGGAGGAGAUAGAUGGGCCAGUAGGAAUACGGGAUGAGGAGGUCAGCCCUAAUAAUUGCAACUUCAGAUGCUGCAGAGAGGAGGAGGGAGGGGGGGUAAGGGAGGGCAGCCAGAAGCCCAACACUAGCUCAUCCAGAUGCUAAGGAAAGGAGUAGAGAGGAGGGGUGGGAUAGGGGAGGAAAAUAGAGGAGUGGGAGAAAUGGGGGAGGGCGAAGGAAAGGAUCACAGAUAAGAGGCUGUGAGAGGGAGGGAGGGAUGGGAGGUAGACAAGGUGAGGGAUAGGAGAGCCAAGGAAGUGGAGGGAGGUUGGGAGAGAGAGAAGGAGAUGGAAACGGAGAGGGGGGAAAGGGGGAGGAAGGGGGAAACAGAUAACCAAGACUAAUUACAGAGGUCUUUAAUGGAAUCCAAUCUAAUGACAGGAAAACGUCUUCCUCUCUUUUUCCAUUCGUCCCUCUCUAUCCCUCUUUCUCUUCAUCUCUUUCUCUCCCUCCAUCUCUCGCCCUCUUCCCUCCCAUCCCUCCAUCAGGAAUGAUUGACUAUGACUUUUUGUCCUUUUGAUCUAUUUUCUAUCUAACUGCUACUUGUGUGGUAACGAGCAUCCCUUUAACUAACCAUUUAAUCAACGACCAUAAUACAUACUAAACACCACACACACACACACACACACACACACACUCUCCAUGUAGUAUGCCUACCUUUUAACACACACACACACACACACUCUCCAUGUGGUAUGCCUACCUUUUAACACACACAUACACACACACCAUGGCAACAUAAACACACCACAACAAAAUACACAGCAAACACACACACACACACAAAAUAGCACACAAUAUCGCGCAGCAUACUAUAGUAGACUAUAAAACACUAUAGUACAGCCUAUACUAUAGCCUAUUACUGCCAAGCAGACAAUGCACUAAGUCCAACUGAAAAGAACAUACUGCCAGGCAUUUAUUACUUGACACAGAGCAUAGACACGGUCCAAGGAAACACUACUGCCAUAUUUCCUUAUGCACACGUCCCCAAAACUCUGUUUUAAUGAAUGUAUGCUGUACAUUUCAAACCACAAGCACACCGUUUGCACAGGGGCACAGAUAUGCCUAAACCCACACACAUAUACGCUGAACCACACCCACAUUCGGACACACACACACACAAUCUACCAAAGUGCUCUCUCUCAAAUGGACUACAAAAGAGAGGCAGAAGAGGAUGUCACUGGGGAGAUGGGAAGAGGAGUUUCAGAUUUCCUGACAAUGUUUUUCAAGGAACAUUGGAUUUGGACUAGUACUAGUGCUUUGUGGACGGCACUUUUCACUGUGCUCGAUGGACUGCCAUAGACAGGGAAUUAAGGAAUAUUAACCAGACAAAGGAUACAGGCCAUGGCAAGAGAGAAACGGUUGCUUACAAAACUUAACCCUAUAGAGGGAGAGACUAUAUAUCUGAGAGAAUAAUUAUUAUGAUGUGAUGGAAUAAGAUAUUAUUUUUCUUCUGUAAGCCCUUUCUACGGAGACCAAUUUGAAAACUGUCUUAUAGUGACAUUCUGUGGCCGGAAUACUGAAUUACACCCGCUUGGAAUAUUGUACUGUACAGUAAGUAUACUGUUACUGAAAUCUACAUAGGUUUGUAUUGCUCAGUCUUUUCUACCAUUACGAUUUAACGGUUAUAGCUAAUAUCUACUAUUAUUAUACUAUAGUAUUCUUCUCAUUCGUCCUGACAAUUAAUGAUAAAUGUAUUAAUAAAAAACUUUAAUAAUAAUAAAUCAUGGACAAGGGAGGUGCGUUUGAGGGUGAAAUGAUUUUGUAAUUUUAUUUUAUCAGAGAUAAUUAAUAAAGUAUAUAUCUAUAUAACAUCA